AUGGCUGCCCCGACUACAACUUCGGCUCCCGCCACCCCGAUCCGCCCGCGCCUCGUCUUCGUCGACGGCACGUUCGGCGAGCUCGUCCAGGAGCUGGCCGACUACCUGCAGAUCAGCGAGUCCAUUGCUGCGCUCGUCGCCAAGAACAAGAACGAGGAGGCCCUCGCGGCCGUCGUCGAGGCGUCGAGCGCGCUCAACGCGGCGCCUGAGAAGGACUUCACCGGCACCUACAACCUGCUGAUCCACCUCGCCAUCAACGAGUCCAAGGACCCUAGCCCGUACCUGCGCACGAUCUGCCAGAACCUCAGCAAGCCCGUGACCGGCUCGCCCGUCAACGGCGUGGGCCUGGCCCUCAACGCCCUGCAGGCCGUCUUCAACCUGCUGGCGCCCAACAACGCCUUGCGCUACAAUGUCUUCAUGACCAUCCUGCGCUUUGUGCGCACGCACGGCCUGUACGACAACAUCCGGUCGACGCUGCCGCAGCUGCCCUCGUGGCUGGUGGACUGGGACGUCAGCGAGGAGGCGCAGCGCAAGCUGUAUCUGGAGAUUGUGGCCUUUGCCGCUGAGCAAGGCGAGGCUGAGGAAUCCUACCAGCACCUGCUCAAGGUGCUGCGGACAUUUGACGCCUCGGACGACAGCGAGGUCAAGUCGGAGGAGGCCGAGCAGCUGUCUGUGCGCGCCGUCCGCACCGCCCUGGUGUCCAACACGCACUACGACUUUCAGGAUCUGCGCGCGCUCCCCACCGUGCAGGCGCUGGCCGACUCCGACAAGAACGCCGUCUACGCGCAGCUGCUCGACAUCUUCGCCGAGCAGGACCUCGAGGACUACCACGACUUUUGCGAGGAGCACGAGGGCUGGGUGGAGGCGCAGAACCUGGACGGCGACAAGCUGCAGCGCAAGAUGCGCCUCCUGACGUUUACGAGCUUGGCGGCCAGCACGCAGAGCCGCCAGAUCGAGUACGCCCGCAUCGCCAAGGCGCUGCAGGUGCCUGUCGAGGACGUCGAGGUGUGGGCCAUUGACGUGAUCCGUGCCGGGCUCGUCGAGGGCAAGCUGUCGCAGCAGCAGCAGGUGUUCUUGGUGCACCGCACCACGUACCGCGUGUUUGGCGAGAAGCAGUGGCGCGAGCUGGGCACGCGCAUUGACCAGUGGCGCGGCAGCCUGAGCAGCGUCCUGACGGUGCUGCGGCGGCAGCAGGCCGAGGUCGAAGCGGCCAAGGAGCGCGAGGCCCAGGAGCUGGAGCGCAAGCUGGCCAACGCCAACCUCGAGGGCGGCAGCAGCCACCAGGGCGGUGGUGGUCGUGGCCGUGGCGGCGCACGGCAGUACAACAACCGCCAGCAACAACAACGCCCGCCGCGCAACGACAACGACGACUAA